GGGCGGGCCUCAACUCACCGUGGCCAAUACGGACCGCUGGCGCGGGGUCUCUGAGGGAGCGAAGCGGCGAGCGGGCUGCAGGCCAAGCAGGGCCAUGCGGCGGUAGUGGCGGCAGACAGGACAGAGCUCUGGCAGGAGACGCACAGCACGUCAGUAGAGACGGGAUUUCACCGUGUUAGUCAGGAUGGUCUCGAUCUCCUGAUCUCGUGAUCCGCCCGCCUUGGACUCCCGAAGUGAUGGGAUUACAGGCAUAAGCCACCGCACCUGAUGAUAUUGUGUCCGGAAUUGGUGGGCUCCUGGUCUCACUGACUUCAAGAAUGAAGCCGCGGACCCUCGCAGCUUAUCACAUUAAUUGGAGAAUCCAAAACAUUAUCAAAUAAAGCCUACAGACAAAACCCAUCAUAUAGCUCUGCCUAGCUACAAGGGGAUGGCAAAAUAUAAUCCCAUAUAUCUGAAAGGAGAGAAGAACCAGAUAUGGAUUCCACAUGAGGAAAAAACUGACAACUAUGAUAAACAACUGAGCGUCUGAAAUUUGUGUACAACUGCAACUACGGCUGAUAGUGAGAUAUCCAUGCCUUUUGCCCAAAGUAUGUGUUGAAAGAAGUGGAAGAAGAAAUACCAUCACUCACUCCCCAACCUCACCUCAUUUAUGAUACCAGACAAGCAUAACACAGAAGCUAUAGGGCCUCUUCGGUAUUUGUUUUUGUUUUUAGAGAUAGGGUUUGACCGUCACUCAGGCUGAAGUGCAGUGAUGUCAUCAUAGUUCACUGCAGCGUCAACCUCCCAGGCGCAAGCAAUCCUCCCACCUCAGCCUCCCGAUUAGCUGGGACUACAGCUGGAUUUUCCUCUACAUGCUUCAGUCUUCUCUACACAAAGAGCUGCAAACCAGGUCUUUGUUUUGCACUCUUAUUUCAAGCAGAAUGAGUGCUCCUAAACUCCUCUCUCUGGGCUGUAUCUUCUUCCCCUUGCUACUUUUUCAGCAGGCCCGGGCUCAAUUCCCAAGACAGUGUGCCACUGUUGAGGCUUUGAGAAGUGGUAUGUGUUGCCCAGACCUGUCCCCUGUGUCUGGGCCUGGGACAGACCGCUGUGGCUCAUCAUCAGGGAGGGGCAGAUGUGAGGCAGUGACUGCAGACUCCCGGCCCCACAGCCCUCAGUAUCCCCAUGAUGGCAGAGAUGAUCGGGAGGUCUGGCCCUUGCGCUUCUUCAACAGGACAUGUCACUGCAAUGGCAAUUUCUCAGGACACAACUGUGGGACGUGCCGUCCUGGCUGGAGAGGAGCUGCCUGUGACCAGAGGGUUCUCAUAGUCAGGAGAAAUCUUCUGGACUUAAGUAAAGAAGAAAAGAACCACUUUGUCCAGGCCCUGGAUAUGGCAAAGCGCACAACUCACCCUUUAUUUGUCAUUGCCACCAGGAGAUCAGAAGAAAUAUUGGGGCCAGAUGGCAACACGCCACAAUUUGAGAACAUUUCCAUUUAUAACUACUUUGUUUGGACACACUAUUACUCAGUCAAAAAGACUUUCCUUGGGGUAGGGCAGGAAAGCUUUGGUGAAGUGGAUUUCUCUCAUGAGGGACCAGCUUUUCUCACAUGGCACAGGUACCACCUCCUGCGUCUGGAGAAAGACAUGCAGGAAAUGUUGCAAGAGCCUUCUUUCUCCCUUCCUUACUGGAAUUUUGCAACGGGGAAAAAUGUCUGUGAUAUCUGCACGGAUGACUUGAUGGGAUCCAGAAGCAACUUUGAUUCCACUCUAAUAAGCCCAAACUCUGUCUUUUCUCAAUGGCGAGUGGUCUGUGACUCCUUGGAAGAUUAUGAUACCCUGGGAACACUUUGUAACAGCACCGAGAAUGGGCCAAUUAGGAGAAAUCCAGCUGGAAAUGUGGCCAGACCAAUGGUGCAACGUCUUCCUGAACCACAGGAUGUCGCUCAGUGCUUGGAAGUUGGUUUAUUUGACACGCCUCCUUUUUAUUCCAACUCUACAAACAGUUUCCGAAACACAGUGGAAGGUUACAGUGACCCCACGGGAAAGUAUGACCCUGCUGUUCGAAGUCUUCACAAUUUGGCUCAUCUAUUCCUGAAUGGAACAGGGGGACAAACCCAUUUGUCUCCAAAUGAUCCUAUUUUUGUCCUCCUGCACACCUUCACAGAUGCAGUCUUUGAUGAAUGGCUGAGGAGAUACAAUGCUGAUAUAUCCACAUUUCCAUUGGAAAAUGCCCCUAUUGGACAUAAUAGACAAUACAACAUGGUGCCAUUCUGGCCCCCAGUCACCAACACAGAAAUGUUUGUUACUGCUCCAGACAACCUGGGAUAUACUUAUGAAAUUCAAUGGCCAAGUCGGGAGUUUAGUGUACCUGAGAUAAUUGCCAUAGCAGUAGUUGGUGCUUUGUUACUGGUUGCACUCAUUUUUGGGACUGCUUCUUAUCUGAUUCGUGCCAGACGCAGUAUGGAUGAAGCUAACCAGCCUCUCCUCACUGAUCAGUAUCAAUGCUAUGCUGAAGAAUAUGAAAAACUCCGGAAUCCUAAUCAGUCUGUGGUCUAACAAAUGCCCUACUCUCUUAUGCAUUAGUAUCACAAAACCACCUGGUUGAAUAUAAUAGAUUGAGUUAUUAACUGUAUUUUCUUUCACUUUAUUACCUUCUUUCUAAUACAAGCAUAUGUUAGAAUUAAAGUUCCAGGCAUACUUUUCAAAGCUGGGAAGACCCUUUCAGAAUCUUUUCAAUGGGUUUUAAUUUUCAGUUCUAUUUAAAAUGGUGAAUGACACUAAACUCCAUGGUAUUUAAGGAUAGUGUGAAGAUCUUUGGCAUGAUUUAAAGGUUGAGUAUGUGAAGAUAUAAGUAAACUACUAUGCUUUGUUUACGUGUAAAGGAAAAUAAUGUUUGAUAGUAAAUGUCCCCUUAAAAUACAUGAAUGGGCAUUUCUAAAGUGUUAAAACAUAAACACAUUUCCAUUCAUAGAUAUUUGUCAACAGAUUUGAAGAAAACCACAGUUAUUAAUUAAAGAAAAUUGUGUGUAGUUAUAAACCAAUGAAAUUUUUAUUAACCUUUUCAAAUUAAUGUUCCAAUUUGAAGACCAAUCAAAUAUAUUAUUUAGUCAACCUAUACUAUUUAGUCUCAGGUUCAAGGCUACAACAAAAUCACCAUCUUUGUCAAACUUUGGAGAGGGAAAAUCUUCACUUUCUUAAGCAACAAUGGAUAUUGCCUGUGUUUGCCACUGUGUUUCCCUGCCUCUCAAUUCACUGAAAAAGGAACUACCUAUCCUUACAUUUCACCUACUAAUUUCUCUUCUAACAUCUUAGAGGUCCAUGGAGAAGGCAUAUGGAGAACAUGUUUUAUACUGCUCUAUAAAUAGUAUUCCAAUCACUGUGCUUAAUUUAAAUAGCAUUCUCUUAUCAUUUAUCAGCCUUUUAUGUAUUUUCCAAGUAAAAUAUUAACAUAUUAUUUCAUUGGUCUCCUUUUUUAUCUGGUUCUAUAUGAAUGCUAUUUUUUCCCUUCUCUUCUAACAUGAAAUAUAUUUUCUCUUUUUGAUCUUGUGCUAUGAAACAAUCUUCCAAAGAACUGUAUAAGGUGGUCAUAAGUGAACAUUUUAAUUAAAAUUGGUAAAAAUAAAUAAUAACAAUAAUAAUCAUGCACUAUAGAAAAUGGCUAAACUGAGAUUCUAAAUUCUACAAACAGAAACAAGUUUAAGUUAUGUAUCCCUGAUUGGUUACUGGGUUUUCCUAUAUUCAAAAAUAUUAAGGCUAUAUAUACACAAGAUAAACAAAUAAAAUAUAUCAAAGAGCAUGCAUAUAACA